AUGUCGUUCGCCAACAAGGGAAUGGGCAUUGCCGCCCGCAUGGCCUUCAAGCAGCCAACCCGUUUCAUGUCCACCUCUCAGGCCCCCAUCCAGAGCUCAAUCAUCCGCUCUACCCGCCAGCCUACCACCAUGCGCCACGGUCUGAUCUCCAACGCCGCCCGCACCAACCUCACCUCCAACAUCGUCCGCAACGCCAUGCAGACCCGCGGUGUCGUUGCUGAGAGCACCACUGCUGCUAUCGUCGUCCUUGCCAAGUGUGUUGGUGCUGGCUCUGCCACCGUUGGUCUUGCCGGUGCUGGUAUCGGUAUCGGUUCCGUCUUUGGCUCCCUCAUCACCGGUGUCGCCCGCAACCCUGCUCUCCGAGGUCAACUCUUCUCGUACGCCAUUCUGGGUUUCGCCUUCGCUGAGGCCACCGGUCUUUUCGCGUUGAUGGUUGCUUUCUUGAUCCUCUACGCCUACUAG